UAGAGGUGGAUCCAACCAGCACCUCCUGUCAUCUCCUGACUUUCACUGCUCUCUACUCUGUCUGGCCCGGGCUGCGCGCACGCGCCCUUAUCAGAUGCACCUCGCGCCUCCAACGCUUUGGGAAGGCAAAGUGGCGAGACUGUGUGUGUGUGACUAACUGACUGGCUGACAGUGUGAGAAAUGAAUGGUUACAGAUCUCCCUACCUGUACAUAGGGGGUCUAGUGACACAGGUCCGAGCACCGCUCCAGAGGACCCCCAAGUGCGCGCGGUGCCGUAACCACGGCGUCCUGUCCUGGCUGAAGGGCCACAAGCGAUACUGCUGCUUCAAGGACUGCACCUGUGAGAAAUGCAUCCUGAUCAUCGAGAGGCAGCGGGUCAUGGCGGCGCAGGUGACGCUCCGCAGACAGCAGGCCAACGAGAGUCUGGAGAGCAUUGUCCCUGAGUCUCUGAGAGCCCUGCCCGGCAUCACGGUGGGGGCGGGGAACCAGGGCCUGCCGCCCCACUCUGGGGACAUGGACCUCCAAUGGACAUUGAAACAGACUGCCAACACACAGGUGCUGAAUGAGGAUGCGUCGGGGGACCACUCCGGCGGGGAGAAUGGUGGUGAUAGCGGCAGUGAGAAGGACCAGGUCCAUAGCUACUCCCCUGAGGGCUCCAAAACCUCAUACUACACUCCAUCCCAGACCAACGAGGGUCGCUGUAGCCUCCCUCUCCCCCUCCCUAGCCUCCCUCUCCCCCUGGCCCUCCCUAAGACCUGCAGCACCUCUCCAGAGCUGAAGGCAGACAUGCCCCCUAGGGGCUACCCCGGGGUUGGGGCAGGGGGGCUGCCAGGGGACCACAGCCUGGUGAUUGAGGGCCUGUCUGGGUCUGUCUCCCUUCCCUUCAACCUGCGAGCCAACCGGCCACCCCUGGAGGUGCUGAAGAAGAUCUUCCCGUCCCACAAGCCCCCGGUGCUGGAGCUGAUCCUGCAGGGGUGUGGAGGGGACCUGGUGAGGGCCGUCGAGGUGCUGCUGUCCAGCCAGGCCCAGGAGGCCAGGGGGGGUCACCCCCACAGUCAGGACCUCCACUCCGACACCCUGAUCCUGCCCUCCAUCAGCCAUCUCCUGGACCACUCCCUGGGGUCCUACCACCCUCUGGCCACCUCUGCCAAGUGGUCUGUGGACUCUGCUUUCAGGGUGCCUGAGUCCCUGUGCUUCUCGUUUGAUUCGUCGUCCAGCCCCCUGACCCUGCAGCCAGGGUCAUUCCCCCAUCCACCCCGCCACCCUCUGAGGCUGAGGAACUCUCUGACACGCGGUGGUGGGACUGGACCCUUCUGCAAUGACUUGACCCUAUGGAACACCAUGAUGCUGCAGCGGCACCAGCUACGGUCAGCUCAGUACGUCUCUCCUUUUUCCUCCGCUGAGGUCUUCCAACGCUCUCCGCUUCUCUCCUCCCGCCCCCAGAAGGUGCAUCGUCUCUCCCAGCUAGAGGACUGUCCCCCUGCACCCAUCUCCCCCACCCCCAGCGCUAAACAGACCCUCUACACCCCAGAGGAGGACUACGAGGACCGCUCAGACUCCUUCGACUCACGAAUCCUCAACUCCUCCACCUGA